AUGGCAGCAGAGGCGGACGACGUGCCGCAGGGCACCAAACGCUCGCACGAUGAGAGCGAGCAGGAUAACGGACAGACUCGACCGAACGACAACGAGGACAGCGAUUCCGGCGACGACGACCUGGGCCCAGCUCUGCCCUCAGCCGAUGCGCCCAAGAAGAAACGACGAAAACUGCCCUACGAGAGGCAGUAUGUCGCGGCGCUGCCCUCUGCGACGCGAUACUCUAAGUCGCUGAUGCACAAGGACCAGCUCGUCUUCUGCACUUUCACUCCGCAAACCGACUUUCUCAUCACCACCUCAGUCGAUGGCUUCGUGAAAUUCUGGAAGAAGACUUCGGGCGGCAUCGAAUUUGUAAAAGAGUACAAGGCACAUGAGGGAGAAAUUCGAAGCGUCACUGUCAGCGCAGAUGGGCGGAGCUAUGCGACUGCGGGCGUGGAUAACACCAUCAAGAUCUUUGACGUGGCCACCUUCGACCUGCUGGCUAUGCUCGAGCCGCAGAAGCCACCCAAGGCGGUAUGUUUCGUGCAUGGCCAUGGAACGUCCUUUCCUCUGCUUGCUGUGUCGAACGAAGCGGAUGGGGGUAUUCACAUCUAUGACGGGCGAGGCGAAAACAGUGAGCCUAUGCAUACCAUUGCAUCGCUCCAUCGCAAACCUGUGCAUAUCAUGACGUACAACAACGCCUAUGAUUGUGUGCUCUCAGCAGAUGAGAGUGGCAUGCUGGAGUACUGGCAGCCUUCUUCGCCGUUCGAAAAGCCGAGCAACGUAUGGGAGAUGAAGAGUUCCACCAACUUGUUCGAGUUCAAAAAGGCGAAGUCGGUUCCGUCUUCCAUCACUGUUUCGCCCUCGGGUGAACAAUUUGCGACAUUCUCGUUCCCCGACCGGAAGGUGCGCAUCUUCAACUUUGUCACUGGCAAACUGCACCGUUCCUACGACGAAAGCAUUGCGACCAUCAACGAUAUGCAGCAGGCCGGCACACUCAGCGCCACUCCAUUAGACGCCAUUGAAUUCGGCCGUCGCAUGGCUGUUGAGCGAGAACUGGACACACCUGCUUUGCGACCUCGCGUCAACGUCAUCUUCGACGAGAGCGGCCACUUCAUUCUGUACGGAAGCAUCCUCGGCACGAAAGUAAUCAAUACCUUCUCAAAUCGGCUUGUCAAGCUGUACGGUCGCGAGGAGCCUUUCCGCCCUCUCAACAUGGCGCUAUACCAAGGCCAACCCGACAAGAAGGCUUUCACGACAGUGCAAAUGGCCGCGUCCGAGAACCCCUUGCUGGCCGAAGCAGAAGCGCGAGACGCAAUGCUGGUUAACACAGGUUCCGGCAAGGUGCGCUUCUACAUGUUUACCAACGAUGACAGUGUUUCAAAGUCCGAUCGUGACAUUCACAACGAGAAACCGCGCAACUUGGUCGCGAACAAGCAGAAAGAGGAAGCGGAGCGUGAAGCCCGGAUGGGUACCACUGCGACGAUUCACACCACCAUGGGUGACAUCAGCAUCCGUCUGUUCCCGCAACACGCGCCAAAGGCUGUGGAGAAUUUUGCAACUCAUUCCAAGAACAACUACUACAACGGCAUUAUAUUCCAUCGAGUGAUCCGCAAGUUUAUGAUUCAGACUGGCGAUCCACUUGGUGAUGGAACAGGUGGCGAAUCGAUAUGGGGAACAGAAUUUGAGGAUGAGUUCACUCCAGAGCUUCGACACGAUAAGCCGUAUAUGGUGAGCAUGGCGAAUGCAGGGCCCAAGACGAAUGCUUCACAGUUUUUCAUCACGACCGAGCGUGCGCCGUGGCUGGAUGACAAGCAUACAAUUUUCGGACGUGUGGUGAAGGGAAUGGACGUUGUGCAUAUGAUCGAGAACACAAAAGUCUGGAAGGAGAAGCCGGUGGAUGACAUCAAAAUUGUCAACAUCACCGUGGAUUGA